AUGGUCAGUGCAUCAAACAGGCGUUCAGGGGUCACAUCGGAGCGAGUGGCCCUGCUGGUCCUCAGUGUUCUCCUGGCAGCUGCCGUCACAGCUCUUGGUGUAACCCUUUAUGAGAAUACUCAAACCAUAAAGAAUUUCCAAAAGAGUCUCCAAAACCUUCAAGAUGAGGCUAAAAAUCUCACAGGAAACCUCAGUGGGACAGAACCGUGGAAAGUGGAGCAGCCAACUAAACCUCCUUCAGUAAGAAAUAAAACUUGUCCGAGCUGCGAGGACGGCUGGGAGCCACAUGGAGGAAAGUGCUACUUCUUCUCCUCAGUUACUUUAACCUGGGAUCAGAGUAGAAAACAAUGCAAAUCAAUGAGAGGAGACCUGGUUGUGAUAAACAGCAGAGAGGAGCAGAGAUUCCUGGUGUCUAGAGUGAGUGAAAAAAAGGAAAAACCAUAUGAAAUGUUCUGGAUCGGACUGACAGACUCAAAGAAAGAGGGUGAAUGGAUUUGGGUGGACGACACACGACUGAAUGCAAGUUUGACGUUUUGGCAUGAGGGCGAGCCAAACAACUGGAAAAGGCCUGAUCGUGAUGGAGAGAACUGUGUGACGAUGUGGGAGAAAGACGGAGUCAAGAACCUGAAGACCUGGUUCGAUCAAUCCUGCAAAUCAUCUCAAAAAAGUAUUUGUGAGAAACUAGAAAAAGCAUGAGCCUGAAUCCAGUUGGAUCAGAUUGAGCUCGAGUCCUCAGCCACUUUCACAAACUGAGGCAUGAAUCUUUGUUAAUGAAGAUCUUCUUCAGAAAUAAACAACUUUGAAUAAUAUCUAGAGUCUCAUAUGUUCUUCAGUUUCCUUGUUAUUUUAAAGUGACGUCUACUCCUCCCUCAUAUAAAAUCUAUGAGUAUUAAAGAUUAUAUAUAAUA